CACCAUUAAUUUGCUUCACUCCUCUCUCUCGCUUCCAACACCACCAUACUCCUUUCCCUCCUCCCCACAAGAAACCCCAAAAACAAAAAAAAAAAAGGGAAAAAAUUAAAGUUUGUGGUAAAAGAGAUGACUCACUCUUCUUGAAUUAUUAUAUAUAUAAGUAGAAGCAUCCCUUUUCCUCUACUAGUACAAUUACUACUACUACACAGCACGCACACAACUAAUCCCCUAUCCCCCCCCCACCCCCCAUGCGUUGAGAAAAAGCACAGCACAAUUUUUUGAGCUAAACCCACCCCAUCUCCCCAUCUUUUGCUACUUUUGCCACUUUUGCCAACCGACAUUCCUAUUGGGGCAGCAGCACCAGCAGCCUCAAGAAUGCUCCUCUUCUUGCUUCUCUUCUUGAUCAGAUUCUCCGAUUCGGAGAUCGCUGCAGGCGCCGCCGCCGUCGUCGGCUACGAUCACCGCGCCAUCCUCAUCGACGGCGCCCGCCGCGUCCUCGUCUCCGGCUCCAUCCACUACCCUCGCAGCACCCCCGAGAUGUGGCCGGACCUGAUACAGAAAUCGAAGGACGGCGGGCUCGACGUUAUCGAGACUUAUGUUUUCUGGGAUCUUCAUGAACCUGUUAGAAACCAGUAUGAUUUUGAGGGGAGAAAGGACCUGGUGAAGUUCGUAAAGACGGUCGCGGCGGCCGGACUCUAUGUUCAUCUCCGCAUUGGCCCGUAUGUCUGCGCCGAGUGGAAUUAUGGGGGAUUCCCAGUUUGGCUACAUUUCAUCCCUGGUAUCAAGUUUAGGACCGACAACGAGCCUUUCAAGGCAGAGAUGCAAAGAUUCACGGCAAAGAUCGUCGAUAUGAUGAAGCAGGAGAACCUUUAUGCAUCGCAAGGCGGACCCAUCAUCUUGUCCCAGAUCGAAAAUGAAUAUGGAAACAUCGACUCGGCUUAUGGACCUGCAGCAAAGACGUACAUCAACUGGGCUGCAUCGAUGGCUGUGUCACUCGACACGGGCGUUCCCUGGGUAAUGUGCCAGCAAGCUGAUGCUCCUGACCCUGUUAUCAACACUUGCAAUGGUUUCUACUGUGAUCAGUUCACUCCAAACUCCAACAAUAAACCAAAGAUGUGGACGGAAAACUGGACCGGAUGGUAUCGUUCUUUUGGCGGUGCAGUGCCAUAUAGACCCGUUGAAGACAUUGCGUUUGCUGUUGCGCGAUUCUUUGAACGUGGUGGUACAUUCCAAAACUACUACAUGUACCAUGGCGGAACCAAUUUUGGCCGCAGUUCAGGGGGACCUUUUAUUUCGACAAGUUAUGACUAUGAUGCUCCGAUAGACGAGUAUGGGUUCAUUAGGCAGCCGAAGUGGGGUCACUUACGAGAUCUACACAAAUCAAUAAAGCUUUGCGAAGCUGCGUUGAUAGCAACUGAUCCAACAUAUACUUCUCUUGGUACAAACCUGGAGGCUCAUGUGUAUAAGACAGCAGGGGCUUGCACAGCAUUUCUUGCGAAUAUCGACAGCCAAUCUGAUGCAACUGUUACUUUUAACGGGAAGUCAUAUCAUCUACCUGCGUGGUCUGUGAGCAUCUUACCCGACUGCCAGAAUGUCGUAUUCAAUACCGCUCAGAUAAACUCCCAAACCUCUUCUGCGGAGAUGAGGUAUCUAAAUUCCUACAAUCAAACCUCUGACGAUUCUCUUGAUUCCUCUGGGACACCACAAUCACAAUGGAGCUAUGUAAUAGAACCUGUUGGUAUCUCAAAGGCCGAUGCCUUCACAAAAACUGGAUUGCUAGAGCAAAUAAAUACUACUGCAGAUGCGAGUGAUUAUCUAUGGUAUUCAACAAGCAUUGAGAUCACCGGCAAUGAGCCGUUUCUUUUAAAUGGAACUCAAUCUAAUCUCCUCGUGAACUCACUUGGUCACGUCCUUCGAGUUUUUGUCAACGGAAAAUUGUCAGCUAGUGGGAUGGGAAGCAGUAGCAAUGCAGCAGUUGCAGUACAGAAGCUUAUUACGCUCGCACCAGGAAAGAACACUAUGGAUCUUUUAAGCGCCACUGUUGGUCUACAGAAUUAUGGGGCAUUCUUUGAUUUAUCGGGUGCUGGAGUUACCGGUCCGGUAAAGUUGAGCGGACCAAAUGGCACAUUAGAUUUAUCUUCAAAACUGUGGACAUACCAGAUUGGACUUAAAGGGGAAGACUCGCAGCUAUAUGAGAAUUCUGAUGAUUCUUCUGAAUGGGUCUCAGAUUCUACCUUGCCGAUGAAUCAACCUCUGAUAUGGUACAAGACAAAGUUUGCUGCCCCAGAGGGUGAUGGCCCGGUCGCGAUAGACUUUACGGGCAUGGGGAAAGGAGAGGCAUGGGUGAACGGGCAGAGUAUUGGCCGGUUUUGGCCCACUUACCUCGCUCCGCCGAACGGUUGCGUCACCUCUUGCAGCUACAAAGGAACCUACAAUUCUGGCAAAUGCCUCAAGAACUGCGGGAAACCUUCUCAAACUAUGUAUCACGUUCCUCGGUCGUUUCUCCGAUCGGGAAGCAAUGAUUUGGUUCUUUUCGAGGAGGUUGGCGGGGACCCGACUAAAAUAUCUUUCGCGGUUAAGCAGAGUGGGAGUUUGUGUGCACAUGUUUCCGAGCUACAUCCAGCCCCAGUAGAUGCUUUUAUGACUCCAGAAAAGAAGAUGGGGAGGCCCGGUCCGAUGGUCCGAUUGGAGUGCCCGAACCCGAACCAGGUCAUCUCCGCAAUCAAGUUUGCAAGCUUCGGGACCCCGAAUGGUGCAUGCGGAAGUUACAGCCACGGCGAAUGCAGUAGUUCUACCACCCUUGCCGUCGUUCAAGAGGCUUGUCUUGGAGCGAGGAGUUGUAGCGUCGGAGUGUCGACCGAGAUGUUUGGAGAUCCGUGUAGAGGGGUCACGAAGAGCCUCGCGAUCGAAGCGGCAUGCUUGUGAUCGAGUUAACCAAACAGUGGGAGCAAAGUGUAUUUUCUAGAUAUGAGAAUGCAAAUUAAAGUGUAUUAUUUAUGAGGAAUAAGUAUGUUAGGUGAUGAUUGAAAUUGUGCAAUCUGUGAAAUAAGAAGUACCAGUUAUCUCUCAUCCAGAUAUGAAAACUCGUAGUUUCAGUGAA